AUGCUCAAGUCGUGGCAGUCCGCGGUGUGCUACACGGCACUGAGCCUGGCCCUCUUCAACAACGGUCUCGCCGCUGCCGAUGAAUGGGACGCCAAGGUCGACGAGAUCAUGGCCAACCUUACCGAUAUUGGCCUCGUGGGUCAGAUGACGGAGAUCGCCGCCUACGGUCUGCUGAACUCGACGUACCAGCUUGACGAGGAAGCUCUGCGUGGCUUUGCCAAGUACCAUGUCGGCUCAUACCUGAGUCCCCCAAUGUCGAUUCUUGGUGAGAUCGACGGUAAGUGGGGCUGGACUACCGCUGAGAUGCGUGCCUUUGUCGGCCGUAUCCAGGAGAUCGCCAUGGAGGAGAAUGGUGGUCACCCGAUGAUCUACGGCACGGACGCAGCACACGGCAACGCCAUGGUCAUGGACACUGUGUACUUCGGCCAGCAGAUCAACGCCGCCGCCACGUUCAAUCCGGAUCUGGUCUACGAACAGGGUCGUAUCACUGCUCGUGACACUCUGGCAUCGGGUAUUUCGUGGAUCUUUGACCCCGUUCUGGACAUCAUGCACAACCCAUUGUGGCCCCGUGUGUACGAGACGUUCGGAGAGGACCCGCACCUGGCUUCCGUCAUGGGUGCCGCUAUCACCCGCGGCAUCCAGAGUUACCCCGAAGCUGCUGCCUGUAUGAAACACUGGAUUGCGUACGCCUGGAACCCCACCGGUCACGACAAGGAUGGCGUCACAAUGUCGGACUUUGACCUGCUCAACACGUACUUCCCGUCGUUCAAGGCUGCAGUGGACGUUGGUCUGCUUACGGGUAUGGAGAACUAUAUCUCCGUGAAUGGUGUGCCCAUCGUGGAGAACAACAAGCUUCUUACAAAGUUGCUUCGCGAUGAUCUCAAGUUCGAGGGCUUGAUGGUGACCGACUACGCUGAGAUCAACCACUUGACUGAGUUCCACCGCACGGCUCGAUCCACCGAUGAGGCAACCAAGUUCUCUCUGGAGCGCACUUCUAUCGAUAUGAGUAUGGUGGCGUCGGACCUUUCCUUCACGAACGGCACUCUCAAGCUGAUCGAAGAGAACCCGGCGAUUGUCGAUCGUCUCAAGGAGUCUGUGCGUCGAAUUAUCAAGACCAAGCUCAAACUCGGUCUGUACGACAACCCGCUGCCCGGUGCCGAGUACGUCGACAUGGUCGGCAAUGAUGACGAUGUCGCUACUGCUCUCGACCUGGCUCGUGAAUCGACGGUACUGCUGCAGAAUAAUGACAGCACUCUUCCAAUCCCGAAGACUGCUAAGGUCUUCCUGACUGGUCCUAUCGCCCAUAACAUUGGUCGUCAGUGCGGUGGUUGGACCGUUCAGGCUCAGGGCGUGUCGGGUAACGACAUGUUCUCGCACGGAGUGUCGGUCAAGCAGGGCUUCGAGGCGAUCGCUGGUAGCGAUGCUUUCUCGUACUUCAACGGCUUGAACAUUACGGGCAACUACACUGAUGUAGAUCUUGCUACUGCUAAGGAAUAUGCUGCUAAGGCGGAGUACACGGUUGCCGUCAUUGAUUCAGUACGUUAA